CCUCCACGACUCAUGAAAUCACAUCUUCCCAUGCUUUUCUCCAAGUCUCUCUUCAGUUCCAAGGCCAAGGUCAUCUAUCUCAUCAGAAAUAACAGAGAUGUUCUUGAUUCUGGUUAUUUUUUCUGGGGUAAGUCAAACCUUGUGAAGAAUCCAGAGUCACUGGGAACUUAUCUUGAAUGUUUCCUCAAAGGAAAUGGUCCAUAUGGAUCAUGGUUUGAGCACAUGCGUGGUUGGCUGUCCAUGAGAGAAUGGGACAACUUCUUGGUACUGUACUAUGAAGACAUGAAAAAAGAUACAAAGGGAACCAUAAAGAAGAUCUGUGACUUCCUAGAGAAAAAAUUAGGGCCAGAUGAGCUGGAUCUGGUCCUCAAGUACAGCUCCUUUCAAGUCAUGAAAAGAAACAACAUGUCCAAUUUUAAUCUCAUCAAGAAAGAUUUGCUUCCUAAUGGCUUGAACCUCAUGAGAAAAGGAACAACUGGGGACUGGAAGAAUCACUUCACAGUAGCCCAAGCUGAAGCCUUUGAUAAAGUAUUCCAGGAGCAAAUGGCUGGUUUCUCUCCAGGGAUGUUUCCAUGGGAAUAA